AUGUGGGAUCCGACUCACGUUCAAGUAACAGUGCAAAAAGCUAGAGGAUUGUUAAUUAAGGGUAAAAACGGUACAAAUAACUGUUUUGUUACAAUCUCACUUGGUAAAGAAAAAUUUCAAACUUCCGUAAAACACAAAGCUACGGAGAAUGUUGAAUGGCUUGAAGAAUGUGAGCUCCGCAUUCCGACUCAGGGAAAUACUGCAGAAAUUGUUCUUAAAGUCUACGAUGAAGACCUAAUUAAGGAUCAUUUAUUAGGUCAGGUAUCGAUUCCUCUUAAAGACCUUGAUGUGUAUGAACGUCCCAAAAACCGCUGGUAUCCUUUACGAGGUAAAACAGGUAAAGAAAACGACAAAAACAGAGGUGACCUAGAAGUAAAAUUGGGUUUCACAGUUAAAGAAGGAAGCUUAACAGAUCUCAGGGGAAGUGUUGGAAACUUAAGAGGCUCAAUUCUUUCCACUCCUGAUACAUCCACUCCAAAAAGAUCUUCUGCUGAAGCUGAUCCAGGUGUUAUAAGUGAAGAUGACGAUGAAUUUGCAUUUGAUGAUUUAUCUCAUAAAAGUUCUGGUAGUUCACUUAAUGUGCAAUCCUCAUAUUUACCCAGAGGAGUGAAAUACACACCAUCUCCAAUCAAUGCUUCUCUUGAAAAUUUAGGUGGCGGUGAAUUUUUACGAAGAUCUACCAGUAGCACUUUAGCAACAACAGAAAAAGCAGCUCCCCUUAAACCAGUCCGUCUGAGUCUGGAUACCUUCAACGCUCCACAAUUACCAAUACAAGUACCUGAUAAAGAUGAUGAAUGGUCCCAAAAACUAUAUCCUAGAAAAUCUAUCAGUCAAACAAUGAUAGAUAGAGAGAAAUCAUCUAGUCUAGAAAGGAACAAGAAACUUGAUAGUCCUAGUUCCUUGAAAGAAAAACCUAGUCCAAAGUUUUUCAAAAAAUUUGGAAACAACAAACCUAAAAAGUUACUUGAGGAGCGUAUUAUUGUAGGAGAAGAGAAUAUAGUUGAAGAGGAUUCCAUUAAUCCUGCAUACAAUAACAUACCAAAAACAAUCGUACAACAAUUUGAUGACAUGACCCGUGAGGAUUUAAUUGUUGCUAUUUACAAUUUGCAGAAGGAUGUUGAAUCGGAAAAGAAGAAAAACAAGGAUCUGGAAAAUUACUUAGAUGAUCUAUUGCUGAGGGUCAUGGAAACUACUCCAAGAAUUUUACAAAAUCCUUACGUCAGAAACAACAGCAUGCAUAUUAGAAACAAAUGA